AUCUUCUAAGAUACAUUUCAACAUAGACUACGAAUGCAAGAAAAAGCAAUCUUUAUUGAAUUGCACAGGAAGCUCACCAAGAUGGGCUUUGCAUCCUGGGGCACUAUAACGGAAGCUGACGUAUUCAGUGGCAGCCCGCUUGUGUAUAGCACCUUUAUUCGAUUUAUUUUCACCCAUUUUGCCAGCGCUACGGCGGAGUUAAUGAAGAAGUAUCAUUGGUUUGUCAUAGAAGGUAAUGAUGUGGCACUGGGGAGGGCCUUUAUUCGUUUAUUGAAGGAUGAAUUUUCCUUUGUUUCGCCAAUAACACCCCUUCAAUACGCCAAGCGGCAAUUCUCACAUGCCAAAAUGCUCUUGUGCCUAGCUCUUAUUAGAUUUCUUUCAAUGUCCUGUUCCAAAGGAACCACUCGGUGUCAUACCGUAACUGCCAAGCGGGGUGUCACGGCCAACAAUCGGCGCCUUUUAAUAGAGUAUGUUGAGCGCACGGAGGCUGAACUUAUCAAAGAGCGCCGGAGUGCUCUUAACAGGAUGCCUCGAUUUUGAAAAAAGCUCCAGAACCAAUGUAUUGAACUGGUGGAGCAUUUUUAACUCCCGAAAAAGAUUUUCCAAAUAUAUCGAUAGAGUAGACACGUUGCUUACAUUAUGGUCAUGGGUUUUAUAAAAUUCAAUUCCUUCUUU